AAGAUAUUUUAGAUGAAAACCGGGAGGCUUGUGACUGUCCCAUUGACUGCCAAGUAAAUAACACUGUCGAGGCCCAGAAAAGUAUAAAAAACAUAUAGUCCAUCUGCCAUCAGUGGUUCAAUUUGCAUUUUAUGAAGCGACGAGAAUACUUUCUGUACGCAAAGAAAAUAAAAAAUAACGACAUUUAUUCAGCAAUUCGUCUCCUCUAUGUCUUUCUGUGUAACCAUAGCGCCAUUUUGGAGAGCAUUCGAUGGGCGCAAAUCAAUGGGACAGACACACGCCUCCCGGUUUUCAUCCAAAAUAUCUUAAAUUGUGUUCUGAAGACAAACAAAGCUUUUACGGGUUUGGAACGACAUGGGGGUUCUUCUUUGCAGGUAACACAUGGUCACCUGAGCUCUCCUCCAUCCCAGCCUUCUCUCAGCUCCAUGGUGUCCCACCAUCACCCCUCCAUCAUCAACGGUCUAGGGUCGCCAUAUUCAGUCAUCACUUCCUCCUCUCUGGGCUCACCUUCAGCCUCCUUGCCCACCACCUCCAGCAUGGGCUAUGGAGCACUCAACAGUCCUCAGAUGAACUCUAUGAACAGUGUUAGCAGCUCAGAAGACAUUAAACCUCCUCCAGGACUGGCAGGACUGGGAUGUUACCCCUGCGGCAGCCCAGGGUCCCUUUCCAAACACAUCUGUGCCAUCUGUGGAGACCGAUCCUCAGGGAAACAUUAUGGUGUUUACAGCUGUGAAGGAUGCAAGGGCUUCUUCAAGAGAACUAUCCGGAAAGACCUCACGUACACGUGUCGAGACAAUAAAGACUGCCAGAUUGACAAACGCCAGCGUAACCGCUGCCAGUACUGCCGCUAUCAGAAGUGUCUGGCCAUGGGCAUGAAGAGAGAAGGUUCCGUGCGUGCAGCGGUGCAGGAAGAGAGGCAGCGGGGUCGGGAAAAGAGUGAUAAUGAGGUGGAGUCUAGCAGCAGCUUUAAUGAAGAAAUGCCAGUGGAGAAGAUUCUGGACGCUGAAAUUGCAGUGGAACCCAAGACCGAGGCUUACAUUGAGUCCAGCACGGGCAACUCGACAAAUGACCCAGUGACCAACAUCUGCCAAGCUGCAGACAAGCAGCUCUUUACUCUUGUUGAGUGGGCUAAGAGGAUCCCGCACUUCUCUGACCUUCCUCUGGAUGACCAGGUCAUCCUGCUGCGAGCAGGUUGGAACGAGCUGCUCAUCGCUUCAUUCUCACAUCGUUCUGUGACGGUUAAGGAUGGGAUCCUCUUGGCCACCGGCCUGCACGUCCACCGCAGCAGUGCUCACAGCGCAGGGGUCGGCUCUAUAUUUGACAGGGUAUUAACAGAGCUGGUGUCGAAGAUGAAGGACAUGCAGAUGGACAAGACGGAGCUGGGCUGUCUAAGAGCUAUCGUCCUCUUUAACCCAGAUGCAAAAGGAUUGUCAAACCCAUCAGAGGUUGAGGCAUUACGGGAAAAAGUGUACGCUUCACUGGAGGCCUACACCAAACACAAUUACCCCGAUCAGCCCGGCAGGUUUGCCAAGCUGCUCCUCCGUCUGCCCGCUCUCCGCUCCAUAGGACUGAAGUGCCUGGAGCAUCUGUUCUUCUUCAAACUCAUCGGAGACACACCUAUAGACACUUUCCUCAUGGAGAUGCUGGAAGCGCCACAUCAAAUCACAUGACACAAGUCUUACUGCGUGUAAAUAUCCCCCAGAGCACACUUAACCCCGUUAUAACAAAAAGAAGUUCUUAUUUUGUACCAAGCACAAUGUGAAAAACAAACAAACACAAAAGAUUUGUAUUGGUAUUUUCAAAGAAAGAGACACUGUUGAAGUAAAUUGUAAGAGUACUGUAAACCUUUAUUUUGUACAUAGAUUUUACCAUCUGUGAUAGCUGCAGAAACUAAAUGUGAAAAUAUUUAAUUCAAAGCAAAACUGUAAAAAAAAACAGUCACCAGCAAUGAGUUUAGAAUUCUGUGAAAAUAAAAAAAUUCUUUUAAAAUG